AAUUUUUGCUUAUUUCAUUAAAGGUUUUUCUGUCCUCCUCCAUCAAUAUACCUCCUUGGUCCUGGCUGGAAAAAGAAAAGGGAACAAAUGUUGUCAGACGGUGAGACAGAAGCAGGGGCGCAGGUGUGUGCUUUCAUAGGAAUUGGCAAUAGUGAUCAAGAUAUGCAACAGUUAAAUUUGGAAGGGAAGGACUAUUGUGCCGCAAAAACACUGUACAUCUCAGAUUCCGACAAAAGGAAACACUUUUUAUUGUCAGUAAAGAUGUUUUACGGUAAUGGCGACGACCUUGGUAUAUUCAACAGUAAAAGAAUUAAAGUCAUAUCAAAACCAUCAAAGAAAAAACAGUCACUGAAAAAUUCUGAACUGUGCAUCCAGUCAGGCUCAACGGUGGCGCUGUUCAAUAGGUUGAGGUCACAGACAGUCAGUACUAGGUAUCUCCAUGUAGAGAACAAUAACUUCCAUGCAAGCUCACAGCAGUGGGGUGCCUUUACAAUACACUUGUUGGAUGAUGAUGAAUCUGAAAGUGAGGAGUUUACAGUGCGUGAUGGGUACAUUCACUAUGGGUCCACUAUCAAGCUUGUUGAUACCAUCACUGGUAUGGCACUACCAAGACUGAUUAUCCGUAAGGUUGAGAAACAGAUGGCUGUUUUAGAUGCUGAUGACCCCGUGUCGCAACUCCAUAAGUGUGCUUUCUAUAUGAAGGAUACCGAGAGGAUGUACCUCUGUUUGUCCCAAGAACGGAUCAUUCAAUUCCAGGCCACGCCUUGCUCACGAGAUACAAGUCGAGAGAUGAUCAACGAUGGAGCGUCAUGGACGAUCAUCAGCACAGAUAAGGCAGAGUAUAGCUUCUUUGAGGGAAUGGGACCUGUUAAAGCAUCCGUUAGUCCUGUACCAUUCGUCACAGAGCUGCAGUUAAAUGGUGGUGGGGAUGUUGCCAUGCUAGAGCUUAUUGGAGAGAAUUUUAAUCCUAGCCUGAAAGUAUGGUUUGGGGAUGUCGAAGCAGAAACAAUGUUCAGGUCGACUGAGUAUAUGCUAUGUGUUGUGCCAGAUAUCUCUGCAUUUCGUGGCGGGUGGCGGUGGGUUCGUCAACCAACUCAGGUACCGGUGUCGCUCGUCAGAACAGAUGGAAUCAUCUACCCAACUGGCCUAACCUUCACAUACACUCCUGAACCAGGUCCCAAGCCGCCCCGUAAUGGAAUUCAAAACAUUCUUAAAAACGUUUCAACUUGUGCACCGGAUAGCACUACGUGAGUCCUAGUGGUUUUCACCAGUUUCCCGAAAAACAUUUGCAUGCAUAUAAAGGUUUGGCAAAUAUGGUGAGAAAAACCACAGCAGUCUCGCUCUAAAUUACAAAUACAAUCAAAGUCAUUUUUUGUAUUUGUACAAUAUAUAUUCACACUACAUGGAUACUGACGAUCUUGAAAUAACUGACCAAUAUUUCUGACUGUUGGUUACAAGUGAUAUAUAAAAUAUUGCCUGCUAAAGGGUAUGAUUCAAACUAUAGACCGAAGGUGAUUUCAUGACUGAACUCUGCCUUGUGUUGGAGUCAAUAUUUGUUGAAAAGCAGUCAAUAUUUGGUUUAUAUACCACACGCACAGAUGUCACUAUGCUAGCCUUUUAGUUUAGGCCUGCACUAGCAUGUCUCUACUAGCAUAGGCCUAGAUCUAUUGUAAAGGCUUAGAAUGAACCUGUUUCUAUUGUCAAAUAUUAACAAAACUGACAUAAUUCAAUUGUAAAAAUACUCAAAUUAUUCCCUUUUUUUUCCCUUUUUUUUUUUUUAAAUGCAUAGGAUCUAUGUAUGUGAUAUAUAAUUAUGUACUGUGAGUGAAUCAGAUUGAUCAAUAGAUAGGGUUAUAAUGAUAGAUAGUACAAAUAUAUUUUUGAUGAAGGAUUAUACAUAUGUUGGAACAUUUUUGUUGCUGGUUUUUAGGGCAUGCUGUUCUGGGUGAUAAUGAAGAGCAUGGAUUCACUAAUGUAAUGGGGGUUUUUUUUCACAUGUUUCACUGCCAGUAACUUUUGUUAACAUGUGUCAUUCUCUAAGUAGACCUUAUGUGUGCAUAGUAUUAAAAAUAUAUCUGUAUUCAUUUGUAUUAGAUUAUUUGUAGUUAAUUUAUCAUUUAAAUUUUCUGUUCAUAAAGACAUUUCCUGUAACAUAAUUUAGGUGACAGUCUACAGACAAACCCACUUUACUAAACGUUUACUUGGAAUUCCAGACUAACUGCAGAUGUUAAAAGAUUUCGUAAAUUAUCGGAAAUAUGAUUUUUAUUGAAACUGUCAUUGCAGGUAGGGCUGUGGUAUGAAUCAUGCUCACAGUAGCAACUUUAGUAGUUAGGAAAGUAAUACAUAAAAUUGCAAUAAUCAGUAAAGUUGAUAAAUUUAAAGUUUUUAUGAAUUAUGUGAACCAGAUAAAAACUUUUUUUAUAGCAAUAAUGGGGGAUGAUUCACAAUGUUUGCAUAAUUGACUUUGGCUUUAAUACUCAAUUUUGGAUAUCACAGCUGCUGACGAGUGGGACGAAUUGAAUGUCCCAAGGCCUAAAGAUCUCUCCACACUAACAAAUUUUAUGAGAGAAAUUUGUGUGAUUUACCCAUAUAUGGGCAUGAUGAUAUCAUAUUACAUCCAAGUAUGGGCAUAUCACAUUUAUUUGUCACAUAAAAUCUGAUAGUAAGUGUAGACAGAGUUUUAAACAUUUUUAAAUGUGCUUAAAUCCUUAAAAUUAAAACUAAUAACAAAAGGUUUACCAUGUGUACGAGACCGAUUGUAGCUACCUAGUUAUCAUACCGCCCUCUAUUGUGUGGAUGGAAAUAUCAUCUUCAUAAACAUUCCUGAAACAUUUUGUGAAUCAAGUGACCAUUCCAAAUCCUGUAGGAUCCCUUGAUACUAAUUUUACCCAAUUAAUUAAUCAAAACAAUUUUUAAGAUGUUCAUAACGGUUGAUAAUGAUUAUUGUCACAGAAUAGGAUACUAAUCAAUGAAUUUCGAAAGUUAAACAUAUCUCUUGACUACAGCUCAUUGUUUGAUAAACAAAAACAGUCAUUUAAUUUUAUCUAAGGAUUCUUUUAAAAUGAUGAUACAAAUAUUAUUUAUUAUUUUGUUAUACAUAUUUAUUAUUUGUUUAACUUAUUUUUGAAAAUUGUGAUAUUUUGCUGCAUGUGUUCUAAAGUUUUUAUUUUUAUUAUUUUAUUAGUAAAAGCUUUAAUCUAUAUUUAAUUCAAGGGAAUAUCACAUUCACAAAUUGAAUUUAGUGAACUCUUUUAAACAUUUAACAUACAGAUUGUGCUCUGUCUAUAACAUCCCAAUCAAAUUUUCAAACUAUGAUGUGUUAAUAUGCAAUGGAAUACUCUUUGUAUUUUAAGUUUACCCGAGUUAAAUCCAGUACAGAUAAUGCCCUCUUUAAGUUUUUUGCAAGGAAGAUGAAUUAUCAUAAUCACUUGAACACCCCUAAAGAGGUUUACUAGUAUGCAAUAAAUACAUUUUGUUUUUAUUAAGACACCGUUGAAUCAUAUGUUAUUAAAUUGGAUAAUUUGAGGUUUUUGAAUUUUUAUACAAACAGAAUUUAUUACUUCAAAAUGAUUUUUAUAUUAGCAGGAUAAAUGUAUUUCACUCGAUCAUCAUUUGUUUUAAAAUACAAAAAAAAAAAAAAAUAGAACUGAUUUCAGUCAGCGUUUGUAUCUGAGGUUUGAUGAUUUUUCAUUGAUAUACAGAGUUAAAUCUUGAUUUUGUGAAAGUAUAUGAUGGCAUAUUUUUUUAUUUACACAAAGGUGGGGAGUCGAGGGAAGAGUUUGCGCUCCAUAAAGCACAUGCAUGAUGGCACUGUUUUUUGUGUGUCACAAUAUCAAAAUUUCUUUGUCAGUAUUACUGCCAAUUUAGGGGUUUGGCAUAUUUUAAAAUUAGUUUGUCAAGUUGUUGUUUUGUAUAUGUAGUAAUCUUAUGUUUGUUAUGAAUAAAAAAUCUUUAAUAUAUACUGUAUAAACCAACUUUGACAUAUACUACAAAAGACAAUGAAAAGCUUCUAAAAAAGUAUAAUGAUUAUAUCAAUGAUUUAUUACUUUUAAUUAGAUAAUAUGAAUAAUUUACUAAAAUGUUAUUUUCUCUGUUACUGAUAGAUCAAGAAAGGGGAGACAUGAACAGGGCAGGUUCCCCCAGUUUGAGUCAAAAUUUCCAAUUUUGGAAAAAAAAUUUCAAUGAAACUUUCUGAAUAAUUGAUUCAAAUGGCAUUUAUCUUUGGAACUGUCAGUGAUAGAUCAAAAUUCUGGGUGGGUUAAACAAGGGCACUUAUCCCCAAUUUGUUACUGUCCUUUUCUAAAACAAAAUCCCAUUUUUCAAAUUAAUGGGUGUGCCUCUAUUUAAAAUUUGUUAAAAUUGAGGAACAGUAAAAAGUUAUUUUUCUUGACAGACAAAAAUAGUUUUGUAUUCAUACAUGGGCUGUGAAGCCAGAGGAUCAUAUGAUCAUUAUAUUUUGAAAAAGUUGCUUAAUAGCAUGUAAAUAGCUAACUGUAAAUAUAUCUGUACAUUUCCACAUUACAUUGAUGACUAUCCUCCAGCAUGUAUCCUACAAGUUUUUUUUAAUUUAUUUUUUUCUUUAUAUAGGUUAUUUUUUGAAUAAGAUGUUUAAGCGCUGCAAACUGGUAAGAAAGAACUUUUGAAAUUAACGGUAAAAUCGUUUAAACAUGCACAGGUUGUUUAAGGGGGAAAAGAUGUUUACAAAAACAUGAUAGAUUACAGCGAAAUGAUUUUUCGGGGAAGGAUGUGAACACUUUUGGGGACAAAGAUUACAAUUUUAUUCCCAAGUAAUAUAAAUCCAAGUAUGUUAAAUGCUGAUUAUUAUUAAUUUUAGGUUUUGUUUAAAACAAAAUUUAGUUUCCAACAUUGUUGUUCCCUUUGUUCCUAUAAACAAUAAAACAGACCAAAAGUUCAAAAAUGACCAAAUUUUGUAAAAUUUAAAUAUCAAUAAUGGCCCACCAUUCAGUUUAAAGUGGAUUUUAUUUUAAAGUUAUGUAAUGAUUUGCCAUAGGGAAUCUUGCCAAAAUAUUGCUCCAUUUUUUUCAAAUGACUUUUUUGUGGGUUUCUGUCAUCUAAGUUGAUAGGGGCACAAAUAUCGCUGUCACUCUUUUUCAAAUUAAUUCUUUUUUGUCACUGAGCUUAAACUCUAAUACUGCUCCCAGCCUAAUGUUUACAGAAUGGCAAACUAAUAAUGCUCAACUUCUUAAAAUCUGAAUGUUUAUUUUCUUAGAAAUUUCUGCUGAAAAUUUUAGCAUUCAUAGGUGUGUAUGGUGUCCAUUUGAACUAACAUUUUACGGUUUUCCCAGUCAAUAACUUUAAAACACAAGGUCAAGUAACAAUGGUAAUAAUUAUUGUUAUCAUCAACCCAUAGUUUCCAUUUCCUGAUAUGUUUGUAUGUUAUGAUUAAAUUUACGAUAAUUAUGCAAAUGAGAUUUCAUGAAAUGUUUUCCACAAUAAUGCUGAUGUUAUUUCUAGAUGGUAUUGACAAUUUUUUUAUUGACCAUAAUUAUUUUUAUUUGUGUUUUGAAUACCAGAAGCACCAUCAAGGGUUGAGUCAUAAUCAUGUUUUGGUUUCUCCUGUUGUCUGUAUCUUUUUCUUGUAUUAUAUUUUGUACAGUUGAAUAUAAGUUUACCUCAUGCUACUAGCUCUUAAGUUGUUAAGCACCAUAGGCAUUUCCCCUUGUUUUAUUAUCAUGACCAGUAUUUCUAUUAUUAAUUUUACAUUAUUAUUGAUAAUAAUACUUAUUGUAAUGAAUAAUUGUUAUGAUCACUAUUAUUAUUAUUUCUACUGCUAUGUUUUUUAGGAACCAUGUGUAAAUGAAGUAUUACGGUAGUGUUUGAUCAAGUUGUAAGUUAGAGAAUUUGAUAGAAUUUUGAAUAAAUAACUGUUUAUAUGAAAGAA